GACGUCGUAUCACUGCGACUACGUAUCCCAGUGACAAAGGAGAGAGCGUACAUUUCCGCUGCUCUUCAGGUCGCUUCAGCAUUCACUUGACUGCACUUAACGGGGUUACCUUAAUAGCCUUUCUUGGCAUUAUCUCAUUCACAUGCCGGACGACCAUUCGCUUUUUCGUCUAAACCGAGCGUUAACCACUUUACCUGAAGAAGCUAAUGAAAUGUACGAUUUCUUCGUGGCGAACAAUUCUUUCGUUCCAUAUUCGCACGGUGCUAAAUUGUCGCAAUCGGGAUAAAAUUUGCCGGUCAAUGCUAAAUCAGCUCGUUUUAUAAGCGAUACACGCGCACUAUUUAGAUAAAGUAUUAUAACAUCUUCCCCUUCUUCACGCUGGCGACACCGGGGCUCAACAGUCUAAGUUUCCUGGAGAGACUGCACCCGGACAUGAGCGGCAACAUACUUAUGUUGCCGGCAACGGCUGGCUCCAAUUCUACCAAGGAACUCCUCGGGCAUCUGGAUGUCGAUGUGCCGGGUUAUUCCGGCUACCGGAAUGUCUAUGUUUUGGGCUUGUUCGGCAUGGCAAUCUGUGCUAUACCGCUCAACUGCGCAGUGACCAUCAUUUUGGCGCAGCGGUGCUUCUGGCGCUCCAACGUCUACUUCCUGCUUUUCCAGCUGGCCAUCGCUGAUCUGCUCGUGGCGGUGUUGUGCAUGGUGGGCGAUGCGAUAUGGAAUAUUACACUGCAGUGGCUGGCCGGCGAUUUUCUUUGCCGGUUGUACAAAUUUCUCCAGAUGUUUAGCUUGUACGCCAGUACAUUCACACUAACCGCAAUCAGCAUUGACCGCUGCAUUGCCGUGCUGUUCCCGCUGAGCCGGUCCGGAUCGCACCGGUCGCACAAGCGCAUCAAAUGUAUGAGUGCCGCUGCGUGGGCCACGGCGGCCUUGUGUGCCACACCACAGGCAUACAUCUUCCAUACGGAAACUGCACCCUUUGACCCCGGCUUCCUCCAGUGUGUGACGCAUGGGGCCUACACGGAUAAAUGGCAGGAAGUAGUGUACACGGCCUACACUGUGGCCAUCAUGUUCUUCGUGCCGGUAUGCAUUAUGAUCCUCUGUUAUGUGGCCAUAUUCACCAGGAUCACCAAAGAGUCACGCCUGGCGUCAGGUCCCGGUGACGUGGAGUUUCCCUAUCAGCAGCAGGCAUGCGUCCGUCGCGCCCUGUACUCCGCUGCCCGCCGGCGGACCCUAUGGAUGACGCUCAUGUUUGUUAUCUGCUUCAUUGUCUGUUGGGCGCCGUAUUACGUCGGGAUGUUCUGCUUCCUCCUGCAAAUUAAUAUCGAAAACGAGCCGCUGAAUAUGAUUUUCUGUUUCGGUAUGGGCAGUGUGAUCCUCAAUCCGGUGAUCUACGGUGUGUUCAACUUUUGCCAUAUCGGUGGCAAACUGCCCGGCAGCAAGUUGGGCUCCGUGCGCUCCUCCAAGAAGGUCCGGUGUCAGGUGGUUAAGGGUCCGGUGGCCGUCGGUCUACGCAACAUGAACAUGUGCGCCGGCUACACCACCAGUCCGUACAAGUAUGCCGGCGCCGAGGGCAGUCCACGCCUCAUCAUUACGUUCAAAUCCCGGGCGCAGCGGGAGCAGCGGAUGCGCUGAUCGCAGGAUGCUGGCAAGCGUGCAUGAUCAUAUUACGCCACAUUCGGAUACGACCACGAUAAGCGCGCGACGGAUGAACCGAUAUCGGAAAUUAAACUUAAUUGUACUUUUUUAUUUUUUCUGUUUACAAGCCAAUGAAUUCUGUGAACUGCAUAAAUGUAAUAUACAAGUACUGCUUUCAAGUACUGCUUUCUAAUAAAAUUAUCCAUUGUGUACAGACCACUGACGUCGACCCUGGUAUUAUUAGCACAAUGCUGACAGUUUUGAUAUACCUUUACAUGCUGUUGUAUGUGCU